UCCCUGACUUGGGUGGUAGCUUUUUGGGCGUGCCUCGGGGUUGUUGGGUUGUACGAAGUGAAAGGAGCUGCAAUCACAUAUCGCGUGCAUUACAGACGAAGGGUCACCAAUGUUGGGAGAAUGGCACAUAAAGGAUAGAAUCCAGUGCGUUGCAAAUUCGUCUGACAUUUCGUUGGACUGUCGAUUAAAGAACCAAGUUUGGCCGGUGGAGAUUCUUUGCCUGUUGGAACAAAACUCCUUGCAAUGGCAUCUAGUACUGUGGCUCUGCAGAACAGAACAAUGGACGGCUUCUGUCCAAACCAAGUGAGGCAUCAGUAAAGUAUUUGCAUGUAGCGAUCAAGGGGCGGGAACCAGUCUACACGAAUCAUUGAAGAAACACGAAGCUGACGCGAACCGCCGUGUCGGUUGCAGCAGCAGUUUCUACUGAGAAUCUUAGUUUUUCGUUCGUACAACCGUAGAGCAAGGAGCAACUUCAGAGAAUAAACGUCACCAUGGCUUAUUCGGCUCGCUUAUCAUUUUCACUGCAAAUGCAGUGUGCUUUUGCGACGAGAGUUCAAGCUCGAAUGCUCCAAACUACGACCAAUGCCUGCCAACGAGCGAAGGUUUCUAUGAGUCGAUUCGAUGAAGACAAGUAUAUCAACUAUGGUACGAUGGAGAGCAAGUUGAAGAUUGUCCAAGAUCGUCUCAGGCGACCUUUGACACUGUCAGAGAAGAUCGUUUAUGGCCAUCUAGAGGAUCCAGAAACUCAGGACAUCCAGCGUGGGGAGAGUUACCUGAAAUUAAGACCCGACCGUGUGGCCAUGCAAGACGCCACAGCACAGAUGGCUAUGCUGCAGUUUAUCUCCAGCGGUCUGCCAAAGGUUGCGGUGCCUUCAACUAUUCACUGUGAUCAUUUGAUUGAGGCCCAGUUGGGAGGUGACAAAGAUCUGGCAAGGGCUAAGGAUCUGAACAAAGAAGUGUACAACUUCCUGUCAACAGCUGGCUCCAAAUAUGGAGUGGGCUUCUGGAAACCGGGCAGUGGAAUCAUACAUCAGAUCAUCCUAGAGAACUAUGCCUUCCCUGGCGUCUUGCUGAUUGGAACCGACAGCCAUACCCCCAACGGCGGUGGUUUAGGCGGUGUUUGUAUCGGUGUGGGUGGAGCUGACGCGGUCGAUGUCAUGGCAGAUAUUCCGUGGGAGUUGAAAUGCCCCAAAGUGAUCGGCGUGAGGUUGACUGGAGAGCUCAGUGGCUGGACCGCUCCGAAAGAUGUGAUUUUGAAGGUUGCUGGUAUUUUGACCGUGAAAGGAGGCACAGGAGCGAUUGUUGAGUACUUCGGACCUGGUGUGGAUUCCAUCUCAUGCACAGGCAUGGGGACAAUCUGUAAUAUGGGAGCCGAGAUAGGGGCCACCACGUCCGUCUUCCCCUUCAACAAUCGUAUGGUGGACUACCUCAAGGCUACCAACAGAGAAGGUAUAGCAGCGAAAAUUUCUGUAUUGAAUAAUGUUUUUCAGUACUAACGAGAAUGCUAACCAGUCAUUGUCUUAUCUCUGUAGCUGGAGCCUCAUGUCAAUGGCCCAUUCACACCAGAUCUGGCUCAUCCAAUCUCAUGCCUAGGAAAGAAUGCUGCCGAGAAGGACUGGCCAAUGGAGGUCAAAGUUGGUCUGAUUGGGAGCUGCACAAACAGCAGUUAUGAGGAUAUGAGUCGGUCGGCUAGCAUUGCCAAGCAAGCGUUAAGCAAAGGCCUGAAAUUUCAGUCCAAGUUUACGGUGACUCCUGGCUCGGAGCAGAUCCGUGCCACCAUAGAGAGAGACGGCCAGGCUGCCGUGUUCAGAGACAGUGGCGCAUUGGUGCUGGCAAAUGCAUGUGGUCCUUGCAUUGGUCAGUGGGACAGGCAAGAUGUGAAAAAAGGCGAGAAGAAUACCAUUGUCAGUUCCUACAACAGAAAUUUCACCGGUCGUAACGAUGCCAACCCAGCUACCCAUGCAUUUGUAGCUUCACCAGAGAUUACGACAGCCAUCGCCCUCGCAGGGCGUCUUGACUUCAAUCCCAUGACUGAUGACUUGGUCGGAACCAAUGGUGAGAAGUUUAAGCUGAACAGUCCGUAUGGAGAUGAACUGCCUGGCAAGGGAUUUGACGCAGGGGAGGAAACCUAUCAAGCACCUGCCGACAGCAAGGUGGACGUCGACGUUGACCCCAGCAGCAAGCGCCUGCAACUCCUCAGUCCGUUUGAGAAGUGGAACGGCAAAGACUUGGAAGGCAUGGCAGUACUCAUCAAGGUAAAAGGCAAGUGCACAACUGACCACAUCAGUGCGGCUGGACCUUGGCUCAAGUACCGAGGUCAUCUAGACAACAUCUCCAACAAUCUCCUCAUUGGUGCUACCAACAUUGAGAACAAUGAACUGAACAAAGUCAAGAACAAGUUGAGUGGAGAAUAUGGGCCGGUCCCUGACACAGCGAGACAUUACAAGGAAAAGAGGCUGAGCUGGGUGGUGGUUGGAGAUGACAACUAUGGUGAAGGUAGCAGUCGGGAACACGCUGCCUUGGAGCCUAGACAUCUGGGUGGCAGAGCCAUCAUUGUCAAGAGCUUUGCAAGGAUCCAUGAAACCAAUCUGAAAAAGCAGGGCUUGCUGCCGCUGACCUUUGCCAACCCUGCUGAUUAUGACAAGGUCCAGCCAGACGAUGAAGUGAGCCUCCUGGGAGUAACCAGUCUAGCACCAGGAUCGCAAGUGACGUGUCGGUUGGUGCACAGCGACGGGAGCCAGGAAGAAUUCCCACUGAAUCACAGUAUGAACGAGGGACAGAUAGAAUGGUUCAAAGCAGGCAGUGCGCUCAACAGGAUGCGCAUGUUAUUGGAAUCAAGCUCAUAAGGAAGCCAGACACCAACAUUUCUAGAAUGCACGGUCACAAGCUAGCCCUCUGGACAGGUCAUCAUAAUUUAAUCUAUACGGUUUUGUAAUAAAUUUGUUUUUAAAUAACAUGCUCUUUACUUAGGUGAGUUUUGAAAUUAUACAUUUGCCAACAGAAAGAAAUUUAUUGAUUGAAUAUUGCCGAAAAUGUUUUCUGAUGAGUCACGACUUGAUACUCUGAACUUGUAAAAAAAAGAAAUACGUAGAAAUUUAUUGAACACUUGUUUUCAAAUGACUACUGAAUGGGCAGAUGUUUGUUGAAUGUACAAUGCGUCAUCUACAUUACUCCUUGUGAUAGCUUUUUUUUUCCCGUCUGGAUUGCAGUGAUCUCUAAUUUGGAGACCCACACAUUAGUUUUCACAUUUGCGUUCAAAUUUGCAAAUUUAUGCUUCAUUGCCAUUACAUGAAAUAACGUUCUGUGUGAAUAUGUGAAGUCUACUGCAACCGAUAGGUUAGGACAAUCCAAAUCGUACCUGACAUUUGCUGUGUGGUUGGUUUAGUGCCCAUAGUCCAACCUGUCAAUAGGCUCUGUUAGCUCAAACGAGUGUGGCUUAAAAACUGCUCGACUAUUAAAAAAAGGCAUACAGAGCAACAUAUCACCAUGGAAAAUACCUUGCUUUUUUUUACUCCCAGGAAGGGCACGUAAUCUCCAAUGCAGUUGAGCUUGAUUUGCGUGAGCCACAGUUUGGUUUUUUUUCUUUCUGAUUGAAAAGAAAUUCCAUUUUAAGUACAUGUAUUUAUUAGUUACUGACAUGACUCUUUUCACGAUUUGAUAUCCGUUUUGCUCUUUAUGUUGACUAUUUCAAAUUCGAAAAGUUUCGUACAGCUUGGAAGGUCAGUUCUCCUUGGCUUUCCUGUCACGCACUGGCAGUUUAUGAAAUUAAAAUGAGGGAUUGAUUUCUGUACGACUUAUGAUGGAGCUAGAUCUUUUCAGGUUAAAAAGCAAUCAAAGCUUUGUUGUUUAUAUAUCGCAACAUCUAGUGCUAGAAAUAUUCAGAAAUGGUGAAUUUUGAAAACACGGAAUGUUGAUUGUGGAGACCAUUUGGAUACUAACAAAAGGAAUGUUUAAUGUGAUUACCAGAGACUACAGUGGCUGAUGAGAGUCACUGUCCCCAUGGAAUGAAGAUCCCUUGUUUUCUGUACAAUUUCUUCCACAAUCCUUUGCAGUCCACCAUCUUUGAUGUUGGGCUGUCUUCAUAUGGUAGUUUUGUGGCUAUGACUUCUGUUUUGUGCCAUUAGUGUGUCACAGUGGAAAGCCAUAGGCACAGUCGGACAUCAAAGGUGGCAUAUCAAACUUGAUUGUGUGAUGAAAUGUCUAUCAAUGCAAACUGUGUAUGGUAACAGUAUUAUGUAAUGCUUUUUUUCAUCCAAUUGUUACAUAUGUAAAAGCUACUCCAAAGUUGUCACUUUUCCUCCACUUAUUAAAAAGUGAAAUAUGAAUUCACCUUGGCUAAAGUUGCACUUUAUGUUUAGCACAAAUCGUUAAUUUAAGCUCACGUGUUCUAGCAAUAUUAAAGUUGCACCCACUGCGUGAAAUGUGAGAGAAAUUGGUGUAAAUACUACACGAAGCAACCUAACUUGGUCAUCUCAUUGGUAGUGGUAAGCCACUGCUUACUUGGUUUCUAUUCUUUCUUGUCAGAAAAUAUAAAACAAGUCAUCAGGAGGGGACGUAGAACAUUUCACAUUUACAUAUUUCAAAUUAAACAAUUUAAUAGCCAACAAAAGUGCAAUCACACUUUGAAAGUGUUUAGUUCCCUUGUUUCAUUGUACGCUUACAGGGACAAGAAACCAACAUUACUGGUCGUGUCUGCCACGCACUAAUAAAUAUCUCUCAUGCUCAGGUUUUAAAACACAGAGGUAUACAAGUGAUGCUACACGGUACAUGUCAGUUGUAAAGGCAGAGUGUAUGUACAUGUAACUUCUGUUUUAUUCUGUGGUUACCUCACACAAAAUACUUCCUAAAGACUGAUUGAAUAAAUAUGCUAGAGAAA